GCAGCUGCAGAGCACGGACUGGUAAAGUUUGCCCCCUCAGAUUUAGCAGUAGCGCCCCCCGCCGGCCGUACCUCAAUAUAUAUAACAACGCACCCGCCGCGCAGGGCACCCAUGGCACGGACAUCUCAGUCUAAUCAGUUCUAGCGCGCCCCGGCCGCUAUAUGGGGGGACCCCAGCAUGGUCUGCACCAGGAAAACCAAAACACUCGUGUCCACCUGCGUGAUUCUCAGUGGCAUGACCAACAUCAUAUGCCUGCUCUACGUGGGAUGGGUCACCAACUACAUCGCCAGCGUGUAUGUGAGGGUACAGGAGCCCGGGACGGACAACAAGUUAGAAGAGGGAGACAAGGGGGACACUUUGCGGAUUAUAGAGCGCCUGGACCGCCUGGAGAGUGUCAUCAACCAACACAUCCAAGAAGCACCACAGAAACCAGAAGAAAAUGCAGCGGAACCAUUCACGGAUUCUUCCCUAUUCGCACAUUGGGGUCAGGAUCUCAGCUCAGAAGACAAACGGGUGGCCUUAAAGCAAUUUCAGUACUACGGCUACAAUGCUUACCUGAGUGAUCGGCUACCACUGGAUAGGCUGUUGCCAGACCUGCGACCUGCUGGAUGCAAAAACCUCACGUACCCAGAGAAUCUUCCACAAGUCAGCAUUGUUUUUAUAUUUGUCAACGAAGCCCUUUCUGUGAUCUUGAGAUCUAUUCACACUGCCAUCAAGCAAACACCGACUGAACUUCUAAAGGAGAUAAUCUUAGUGGAUGACUGCAGCAACAAUGAAGAACUGAAGGAAAAAUUGACAAAGUACAUAGAGGAAGUGAAUUCUCGGAAACCUGGAUUUAUCAAAAUUGUCAGACACAGCAAACAAGAGGGACUCAUAAGAUCCAGAGUUAGUGGAUGGAGAGCAGCUACUGCACCCGUGGUGGCACUUUUUGAUGCCCAUAUUGAGUUUAGUGUUGGCUGGGCUGAGCCGGUGCUGAGCAGAAUCAAGGAAAACCGGAAAGUUGUCAUUUCACCAUCGUUUGAUAACAUAAAAUAUGAUAACUUUGAGAUUGAAGAGUAUCCUCUGUCUGCCCAAGGCUUUGACUGGGAGCUAUGGUGUAGGUACUUGAAUCCUCCAAAGUCUUGGUGGAAAAUGGAAAAUGCCACAGCUCCUAUCAGAAGCCCUGCACUGAUUGGCUGCUUCAUAGUAGACAGACUGUACUUUGAAGAGAUCGGCCUGUUGGAUGAGGGCAUGGAGGUGUAUGGGGGAGAAAACGUGGAGCUCGGCGUGCGGGUGUGGCAAUGUGGAGGAAGCGUUGAGGUCUUGCCUUGCUCUAGAGUUGCCCAUAUUGAAAGAGCUCACAAGCCGUACACAGAAGACCUCACAACGCAUGUGCGGAGGAAUGCUCUAAGAAUGGCAGAAGUCUGGAUGGAUGAAUUCAAGAGCCAUGUUUAUAUGGCCUGGAACAUACCACAAGAGGAUUCAGGAAUUGACAUAGGGGAUAUUUCAGAUCGGAAAGCACUUCGGAAAAAACUGCAGUGUAAGACGUUUCGCUGGUACCUUGUUACAGUAUAUCCUCAAAUGAGAACGUACUCUGAUGUCAUUGCCUAUGGGACGCUGCGUAAUUCCCUGAAAACAGACUUGUGCCUUGACCAGGGUCCAGCGACAGACAACGUUCCCAUAGUCUACAUCUGUCACGGAUUUUCACCCCAGAGCGUUUACUACACAAGUAACCAGCAGCUCCACGUGGGAGUCCUCAGUCCAACGAUUGAUGACGAUGACAACAGAUGUCUGGUUGAUGUAAACAGCAAGCCAAGACUGAUUGAAUGCAAUUAUGCCAAAGCAAAGCGAAUGAAACUUUACUGGCAUUAUAUUCAGGGAGGAUUCAUACAGAACAAGAAAUCUAACCGUUGCUUGGAACUUCAAGACAACAGUGACACUGAGUUUGGAUAUCAGCUGGUGCUACAAAAAUGCAGUGGCCAGCGUUGGACUAUAACAAAUUAUAACAAAAAUAUAUCAACAUAAUGAGCUCCAGCAGAACAUGUAACCCUUUUUAUGCCAAAGGGGAAAAUGCUGCAACUACCCAGUGGCACACACGUGGCUAAUGGUACAAUACUUGAUACUUUUGCUACCGUGUAGCAAAUGUCAAAAUGUUGCCUGCUGUAAUUUUUUUAAUUAUUGGUGAGUCUGUUGACAGGUUCAUGGGUUUUAGAGAUUUUAUUUAGUAAUAUUUUAUUGACGUUUUUAGAGAGAUGAUGAAUGACGGGUGAUGGUGGAAUAAUAUUGAAAUAUUUUGCAACACUAAGUGUAAAAAAAAUAAUAAUAUCAAAUGAAGAUAUUUAUAAGGGAAAAUAAAAUUUUAUGGAUAAAA